AUGCCACUACUCGAAACAGGAGCUGCUGCUCAUGGAGAAGCUCGUAUUGUCACUCAUUCCAGUGGUGCACGCGACAUGUGUCAGACACCGAACAAGGGACUGGACGCCAAGUUCUUGGGCAAGAAUGGAGGAAAGUUGGGAGGCGAUGAACUCAAGUUGUUCAAGGGUCCUGUCUUUGAACGAUACUUUCAAAGCAAAUUGGCCAACUCGGUCCACAUGCAUGGUCUACACGAACGACUCAAAGAUGGCAAGAUCAAGGCCAUUUCUGCCCAUCCCGGUGGUUCCGAUACCAACUUGGGGGAUCACUUGAAAUUUGGAUAUUUUACCGAUAUGUUCAUGAAGACGGUGUUUUCCUUCAUGGCCCAAACUUCUGAAGAUGGUGCACUUGGACUUUUGAGGGGAAUGAUGGAUCCUGAAGCGGAAUCUGGUGUCUUGUAUGGGCCCAAAAAAUCUGGAAUCUCGGGACCGGCCGUUCCAAAUCCACCCAAAGAGUACGAAACGGAUCCAAAGGCUAUUGAAAUGCUCUUUAAAGCCAGUGAAGAAGCAGUGGCGUCAUUCAAAAAUUAA